GGGCGCAAGCUGUCCCCGCCUGCCUGAAGGGAAGUGCCUCUGCUACUCAGCCGCGUCUCCCCACUCCCUUCCUUUCCUUUCCCUUCCCUUGCUUUCCCUUCACGGCGCGCCUGGGACCCCGCGCGGAGAGCAGCAAUCCCUGCGCCAGCCUGAACGGUGGCAGCACUGGCAGCCGUGGAGGCGGGUGUCGCGCAGCCUUUGCACACCCAGCAGGGGCAGCAGGGGCAGCAGCAGCAGCAGCAGCGGCGGUGGCAGCAGCGGCGGCGGUAGCAGCGGCAGCAGCAGCAGCAUGUCGGCCGGCGGAGCGCCUAUGCCACCGACCCCCAACCCCGCGGUGUCUUUCCCUGCGCCCCGGGUCACCCUGCCUGUGGGACCCGAUAUUCUCCGGACCUACUCGGGAGCCUUCGUCUGCCUGGAGAUUCUAUUUGGAGGACUUGUCUGGAUUUUGGUAGCAUCCUCCAAUGUACCACUACCACUACUACAAGGAUGGGUGAUGUUUGUAUCAGUGACAGCUUUUUUCUUUUCCCUCCUCUUCCUAUGUGUGUUCCUCUCAGGCAUGGUGAAUAGAAUUGACGCCAACUGGAACUUCUUGGAUUUUGGUUAUCAUUUUGUUGUGUUCAUUUUCUACUUUGGAGCUUUUCUGUUGGAAGCAGCAGCCACUUCUCUGCACAACUUUCACUGCAAUUGCAAUGGGACCCUGAGUACAGAACCGCUUUUGAGUGACAACCAGUACAAUGUAAAUGUAGCAGCUACCAUUUUUGCCUUCGUGACAACAGCUUGUUACGGUUGUAGUUUGGCCCUGGCUUUACGAAGAUGGCGACCAUAACUCUCCAGAUCAAUUAGCUCUCCAUGUUUUAGUUUAGUUUGUGUACUUGUAUGAGUGUGACCAAUUUUGGUACCAUAUUGUUUUAGCUGUGAUACAUUCCCAAAGUCUUUUUGUAUAUGGAGACACUCUAUGGAAAAAGUUUUCAUCUACAUGCUAGCUGGAAUUUACAUUUUAAAACUAUUUUAACAGAUGAAGAGCCUUUCAUCACAGUUAAGUUUGGCUUCCUACUCUUAGAAAACUGCACUUUAAAAUUGACAAUCAAUGGAUAGAGGCAGCUUGAAGAGAUUUGGGCUCAGAAUCCCACCUCCAAUAUUUACUAGCAUGUAACCAUGGGAAGAUUGCUUAACUGCUUGGACCCUCAGCUGCCUCUUUUCUAAAAUGGAGAAAAUAUUUGUAGUUCCUGUUGGACAGGGAUGUGGUGAGGAUGAAAUGAGAUCUUGUAUUUGAAGUGCUUUGUAAACCUUAAAGCACUCUGUAAAUGCUAGCUAUUAGUAUGAGUGUCAUUAGCUAUUAAGUGGUGUCUCUUAAAUAUAUGUGGUCACUGGAACCCCCGGACCUUUUUCCUUUUAUAUACUACCCUUUAAGUCUCCCUACAAAAUACGCUUUAAACUACACAGAUAUCGAAUAUUUGCCUCACUCUCAUCUAUAAAAUCACAUGUAUGUGAGAUUUUAUCAAACCUACACAUAGGGAGUAUGACUCAAGAAAAACCUGAUACCCCAAGCCAUAUGUAGAACUCAAUCUCAUUACUCUAUCUUCAUUUUUCCUGUGUUUUAGGGAGUCAAUUGUUUUCCUUUUGGAGACGCAGUGAUUCUUCCUAGCCACUUAGAAUACUAUUUUGGUUACUUGAAAAGCUCAUAUAUGAAAUGAACCAUAGUUCUCUGUCAAAGGAAUUGCCUUUCUUCUUGCCCCUAGCUGAAGUGAGGCCCUCACAUCCACUGAUGAACACUGGAACUGAUAUCUAGCUCCUUUAGCUUUUUUUUCCUCCUUUAAGAUUUAUUUAUGUCUCAAGAUAUGUUUCAGCGUAUUGUGUAAAUAUGUUCACGAAUGUGGUAUUUUUCAAAAUUGUUUACUUUUAUUCUGAAUAGUUUUUUUAAUUUUUCUGAAGCUGAAUUUGGAUGGAUUUUUUUAAAAGUAACUCUGUCUAUAAAAUCUUAAUGCUAUAAUAUUGCCCUAGAAAUGAUAAUAGAUGUGAAAAAGCUAGGUUUUUUUUUAAAAGUAAUGUGUGUGUGUGUAUAUAUACAUAGAGAUACAUAGAGAUACAUAUAGAUAUACUAGUGUAUAUGUAUAUACGUGUAUUAACAUGCAGGUGCAUAUAUAUGUAUAUACAUAUACACACGUAUAUAUGCACAGAUGUGUAUAUAUGUGUUUCUAUAUAUUGGGUAUGCACAUAUCUGUGUAUGUAUAUAUAUAUAUAUAUAUUUAUAUAGCCUCUGUCGGUUGACUUGUGCAGAUAUUGACUGCAAUGUACCUUUAUUAUUUUUGGAAAGGUGCCAAACUGUUUGAACUAAAGGCUUGAAUGAGAACACUAUCGGAGUUAUAUGACAGCCCUCUCCAUGUUAUCUCAACAAGGUGUUUCCAGCUUGUCUUGAGAGAAAUUCCUUUAGAAAAAGAGGACCACUGGGUCCCUAUGCCCCUCAUCCCUUUGUGUGUUUACUAAUCCCAUCCCAAAUGGUGCCACAUAUGUUGGAUUUUUUUAGAGUAUAAACAUUAAACCAAGAUAGCCAACCCACCUCAUAAACCAUAGGUUAGCCAUAAUAGGUGGCAGCUUUGGUGUAGUUGCUGAUCAAAGGGCAAGUUGUAUUUCUCCUAAUGCCCUAAUAUGUCAACAGGUAAAUUGUAGUCUGUUUGAUGUGAAACAUAUAAGGUAUGACUAUAGUGUGACUCAUUUGUGUGUGUGACUUAUGGAACUUUGUCCUCUUUCCUUAUAUAUCACACUGACAUAUGUCUUUUCUGAAGCUUCCCUUCUCUUUGAAAAUCUGCCAUUCCUACUUGUAUACCACUUAUUCACAUUUGUAUUAUGACUUGUAUAUUACAGAGUUAUACACUGUGCCAUAAGGAUGUAGUCUCUUUUAGCUAGAAUCACAUGAAGCCAGUGGGCUAGAUUGGCUCUGGUGUCUCCUCUUCUCUCCCAGUAAGACGUCUGAGUUCUGUGCUUGGUGACAUUAAAUCAAACAAUUCUCUCAAAAUAAAGUGUUAUGGAGGUGCUUUUGUAAUGAAUUGCUUUUAAAUUGCUAAGAACAAAGUUUAAACACUUAUCUUUACUGUGAAUACUUAUCUCCAUGGAUUAAAUGCAUACUAGAUUUGUGAAAUGAAUGACAAACACUUGAACAAAAAUUAUGGCAUUUAAAAACUCUUAUUGUGCAUCUUAAAACUGUAAAAAAUAACAAUGUUUGGAUGAUUUUAAAGUCCUGGUAAUUCUAUAAUGAAAUAAGACUUCUUUUAUAAGUGUUAUGAAUCUCUAAUAAAGUAUUCAUUUGCUAA